AUGACGGAAACCGUUCGAGUUGUGGUCGACUCUCUCAUCGCUGCCGGGGUGGAGUACGUCUUUGGUGUUCCCGGAGCCAAGAUCGAUUCCCUCUUCAAUGAGCUGCUCGACCACCCAAAGAUCAAGCUGGUUGUCUGCCGUCACGAGCAAAAUGCUGCGUUCAUGGCAGCAGCUAUAGGAAGGCUCACUGGUCGACCUGGUGUUUGCAUCGCCACUUCAGGACCAGGCACGAGCAACCUGGUGACGGGAUUAGUGACAGCCAAUGACGAAGGCUACCCAGUUGUCGCCAUCGUUGGGAGUGUCAAGCGAGCGCAGGCAUUGAAACGCACGCACCAAAGUCUUCGAGGUGUUGAGCUUCUCACACCCGUCACCAAGAAAUCUGCCGCAGCAGUCGUCGAGAAUCAAGUUGCUGAGAUUAUACUCGACGCUUUCCGAACUGCCAGCUCGUUCCCACGGGGAGCAACGUCUGUGACGCUUCCCGCCGACAUUAUGCUGGCUUCGGUGAGCAAAACGACUGUACCGGCGUUCCCUUCUUCGGCUUACCUUCCCCCGAGCUAUGGCACCGCUACGAAUGAGGUUCUUGAUACAGCUGCAGCUCUAAUUAGUUCUGCCAAAGCUCCAAUCUUGUUCUUGGGUCAACGCGCAAUUGACGCAGACAUCGUGGCAACCAUUCACAAGUUUCUUCAAAAACAUCCGGUUCCUGUCAUUGAAACGUUUCAAGCAGCAGGUGCCAUCUCUAAAGACCUCAAGCACCUCUUUUACGGCCGCGUGGGAUUGUUUCACAAUCAACCAGGGGACAAGCUCCUCAGUCAGGCAGACUUGGUUAUCACCAUUGGCUAUGACCAGGCGGAAUACGAUGCCGACCAGUGGAAUGCAGACUGCCACCUGGAUAUACUGCACUUGGAUUUCGUUCAAGCUGACUAUGUGCAAUGCUACUCGCCGAAAUUAGAGGUCAUUGGAUCCCUGACUGCAAACAUUGAUGCCAUUGCUGAUCGAGUCACCGAGGUGGCUCGACUGCAGGACACAGCCGCCGGCAAGAGAAUUGUCGCAGAGCAGCAGGAUUGGCAGUCUUCCGAAGCUGCUCUUGCGAAAACUGAUGGCCCAGUCCAACCUCUGUACUUUAUUCGCCUGUUGCAAAGCUUGCUCGAUCAAGACACCGUUGUAACCUGCGAUGUUGGCAGUAUAUAUGUCUACUUCUCACGCUAUUUCUACUCUUACAAGCCAAAAACGUUUUUGACAUCAAAUGUCCAGCAGACUCUAGGAGUUGGCCUUCCUUGGGCCAUCGGCGCGUCAUUGUGCCAGAAGCCGACGCCGUGCUCCAAAAAGGUAGUAAGCAUUAGCGGCGAUGGCGGAUUCAUGUUCAGCUCACAAGAGCUGUCCACGGCCAUGCAGCUCGGUUGUAAUAUUACACACUUUAUAUGGAACGACGGCAAAUACAACAUGGUUGAAUUCCAGGAGGUGGACAAAUACGGGCGAAGUGCUGGUGUCGACCUCGGCGGCGUGGACUUUGUCAAGUUUGCUGAGUCCUUUGGAGCCAAGGGACUUCGUGCCAACAACUCUAAAGAACUCGAUGCUGUGGUUAAAGAAGCAUUGAGCUAUGAUGGAGUCUGCAUUGUCGAUGUGACUAUUGACUACUCAAAGAAUCAUGACUUGAUGAGGCAGAUUACCGUAGAGAAUGUUAACUAA